GAUGAGCACGUGCUGAAGUGAGCCGGUGCAGAGAAUACGUCUCUCGUGGGAAUCAGAGCCCCCGGGAGCGCACGAAGAUGUUCAGCUCGAUAACAGCUUUCCAAAACUGGGCGUAUGAGCAUGCCGAUCCCCGGACGAGGGACUGGUUCCUCAUCUCGAAUCCCAUCUACGUGAUUGUGCUGGAAGUUGCCUACCUCUACUUCAUCUACAGCUAUGGUCCCCGGAUGAUGGCGAACAGGAAGCCGUACAACCUGAAAGGCAUGAUUUCACUCUACAAUGCUUCGAUGGUGGUGGCGAAUUGUUUCUUCGCCUACAAGUUCCUGCGCCACUCCUACAUCGGGGGCGGAUACAACCUCCUGUGCCAACCGAUGAAUCACUCUCCAGACGAGAACUCGGUCGCUCUCGUCUCCUACUGCUACUGGUACCUGCUGAUCCGUGCACUGGAUUUUCUCGACACGAUUUUCUUCGUGCUCCGCAAAAAAUACGAUCAUAUCACCGCUCAACACGUGUCGCACCACGCACUGAUAGUCCUCAACGGUUACAUUUUCAUGUAUAUCGGAAUGGACGGUCAGACAAUGUUCGGCAUCUGCAUGAACUGCUGCAUUCACAUCGUAAUGUACUCGUACUACUUCCUUGCGAUGCUCGGCCCGCGGUUCAAAAAAUAUCUCUGGUGGAAACGUCAUCUCACCAAAGCUCAAAUUUAUCAGCACAUUGCCAUAAUCCUCCACGGGUUUAUCCCGAUAUUCUAUGAUUGCGGCUAUCCCCCGGAGUUCAUCAUGAUGAUGAUGCCGCAAGGCUUCCUGGGGCUCGCUCUUUUCAUAAACUUCUACAAGUUUGCCUACCAAAGAAAAUCAUUCAACGAUUCGAUCAAUGAGAACGUUUGUUUGCUCAAACAAGAGUGA